CUUUUUUAGAAUUUUUUUUAGUAAUUAAAGAGGGUGGGUCGUUUCUUACGUUAACGGAAAACUUCGCUACUGGCCGUCACAAGCAAAACCCUAAACCCCCUCCUUCCGUCCCUCUUUCUCUCUCUGUGGCUGCGGGGCGAUUGACUGCAAACGUCUGAUAUACUUGUAAAGUUAUUCUCCUCAAAGAGAGACUUGGAAAAUGGCAUCUGAUUUGCAAGCAGCUGAGGAACAACAACAGCCAUCCCAGACGAUUCAAAUUUUUCCUCCCUCUAGCGAUGUCAUCUCCCCCUUCUGGCGAGAGAAAUAUGAAAGAGAAGCUAAGAAGUAUUGGGAUAUCUUUUACAAACGGCAUCAAGAUAGAUUUUUCAAAGAUCGUCACUACUUGGACAAGGAGUGGGGCCACCAUUUCUCUGGAUCAGGACGAAAAGAGAUUUUGGAGGUUGGCUGUGGAGCCGGAAACACUAUCUUUCCCUUGCUUGCUACAUAUCCGGAUGUUUUUGUGUAUGCAUGCGAUUUCUCACCACGUGCUGUUAACUUGGUUCAGAUGCAUAAAGACUUCAAUGAAUCCCGAGUUAGUGCAUUUGUUUGUGAUUUGACAGUUGAUGAUCUAAGCAAGCAAAUUUCUUCAUCUUCACUUGAUAUAGUGACCAUGAUUUUUGUGUUAUCUGCAGUUUCCCCAGAGAAGAUGUCUCUAGCGUUGCAGAACAUUAGAAAAGUUCUCAAGCCAAAUGGGUACGUGUUGUUUCGUGAUUAUGCUACUGGUGACCUUGCUCAGGAAAGGUUUACUCUCAAGGAUCAAAAGAUUAGUGAAAACUUUUAUGUCAGGGGUGAUGGCACUCGAGCUUUCUAUUUUUCUGAAGAGUUCUUGAGAAAUUUAUUUAAAGAAAAUGGAUUUGAUGUUGAAGAGCUUGGUUUGUGUUGCAAACAAGUUGAGAACCGCUCGAGGGAGUUGGUGAUGAAUCGGCGUUGGAUCCAAGCUGUUUUCCGCCUUUCAGACAAUGUAAAUUCUUCUUCCAGUAUGGAAGCUGCAGUUAAGGGCUUUUCUGGUCAAGAGGAUAUCGAGCCUGGAGUCAAGGAGAAUUCAUUGAUGGGGCUUGUGAAAAACUUUGAAGUUGACAUGUCUGAGGGUGUUGCAGCUGAUAUGUUUGGAACUUCACUUUCCAUUGAUUUUGAGAUGAUUGAUGUCAACCUUAGAGGAUCUAACUACAAGAUUAGAGUGCUGUCCAGAGAGUAUCAACAUACAUGCAAAUCAACCGGCUUGAUGCUCUGGGAAUCAGCUCGCCUAGUGGCUUCUGUACUAGCGGGAAAUCCUAGCAUCGUUGCUGGGAAAAGGGUGUUAGAGUUGGGGUCUGGCUGUGGAGGCAUCUGCUCUAUGGUUGCCGCUGGAUCUGCUGACCUAGUAGUUGCCACCGAUGGAGAUGUAAGUACUCUUGACCUAUUGACCCAAAAUAUCACUUCAAAUCUCAAGCCACCAUUCCUUUCCAAGUUGAUUGCGAAGAGAGUACAGUGGGGGAAUAAGGACCACAUAGAAGCCAUCAAGGAAAUUAGUAAUAGAGGGUUUGAUAUCAUUAUAGGCACAGAUGUGACUUACAUUCCUGAAGCCAUUUUGCCCUUGUUUGAAACUGCCAAGGAAUUGAUUUCAUCUAAAGGAGGCAUUGCGUGGGAACAGGAACCUGCAUUCAUUCUUUGCCACGUCUUGCGCCGAGUCGAUGAGCCAUCCAUACUUUCAGCUGCAUCCAAGUUUGGUUUUAGGCUUAUUGAUAAGUGGCCUGCAGGAACUCAAAAUAAUCCAUCUAAGAGCAUUAUCUGUUCCUGGUUCUCACAGAAUGCUUCUGAUCAGGAUUAUAUUCCAAGUACUGCAUUGAAUAUAUUGUACUUCCAAACAGAGUGAAAUCUGGGGCUUUAAAUUCAAUAAAGUAAUCUGAUCUGUUAUCAAAAAAAUUAUAAGAAGGAACAAAUGCAAGAUCAAUGUGCAAUCCCUUUUUUUCUUUUCCUUUCA